UGUACAGAGUCGUGCACGGUGCGCGCGUCCGCGACCCCUGCGUGUGCGAGGAUACUUGAAAUCGGUGGAAUUAAACAUUUUACGAAGAAAACAUUAGGAACGACGGGCACACGGAGGCCGAGCGAACUGCAAUCAGGAUGUGAAUGUGACCAAAGUCAUCGCUCUUGACUACAUCCUGCACGAGCACAUUAGAAUGUUCCUGAAGAAUGUCCCACCUGUAGCUGCAAUGCAUACAGAAUGGAGACCUUAUGGUCCAGCUAGAACCUUUAGCCUUCCUUUGUGCUUUGGUGACGCCAGCAGCAGCAGCAUUUCUGCCACUGAUAAACCACUCCCUGAUGAGGUCCAGAUGAUUAUUGACAGCCUGAGAAGCACCCAGUCCACUCUCAACAUGAAUGAUGAGAACAAUGGAACUCUACAAGUGGGCGAGGCCCAAGGCCCUGGCUACAAUGGCAAGGCAAACUAUGCUGUACACAAGGCCACACAGACGGGUGCACCGGGUGGUGUCAGACAACAGAAACAAAAGAUCGAGGCAAUAAAGGUAGAACCCCAAAGCCAGGAUUCGGACAGCGAUGACUCAGUAGACAGAGGAAUUGAGGAAGCAAUUCAGGAGUAUUUAAAGGAAAAGGGUGAUCACAAACAGAACAUGAAGUUGAAUUCAAGUCCACUACAGGUGUCUAAGCAGUUGAGGAGAAAUCUUACUUCUUCAGAAACACCUAAAUAUUCAAACAGCAAUAAAAUUCUAACUGCAAGUAACCUUGUCCCAAAAAGUUUGAAAGCCAACCACUCAAUAAUUAGUGAGAAAAAACCUGUCCAAAAGGAAAAGAAUGAAGGAAGUGGUUUGUCUUGUAAAGAUACAGAUGCCCGGAUGGUAAAAAGUCCCAUUGACCUGAAUUUCCAUUCUGACAGAGUUGAACACCCUGUCAUAGUCAAAGAAGAGGAAGUUUUGCCAGAGUCUAGUAGUGACGAUGGCAUUGAGGAGGCCAUUUGGCACUUUCAGCUGGAAAAAAUAAAGAAACACAGAGACUCCAGAAAUCCAUCCAAAGUUUUUCAAACCAAAGAGGAAUCUGAGUCCAGCAGUGAUGAUGGGAUUGAGGAAGCCAUUCGUCAUUACCAGCUGGAGAAGCAAAAAGAAAAAUGUGAAAACACCACAAAAUCUUUUAAGGCUUCUCUGUCUAAACCUACCAAAGGAGCUAAGGCUGCCAUGCAGGGUUCUGGUCAGUCCAGCAGCCAAGCCAUCAAAAAGCAGAAGGUCUCCAUAAAGAAAAAGAAAACUGAGAAGUUCUCUAAAUCUGCUUUGCCCUCACCUGUAACUGUGAGACACAGCUUCAGCCCACCAUUGGACAAUCAUGACACCAUAGGUAUUGAGGUGUCUUCAAAUAACACAGGCCUUUUGCAGCCUCAAACCCCGGCUCCGCUGAAGGCAAACACAACAGCUGAACUGAUGUGUGCCGAAGCAAUACUGGAUAUUUCUAAAGCUGUCAUGCCUGAAGCCUUUCACAACACAACUUUUUUAACCACCUUUGCACAGCCCCCUUCUGUGCCUGCUGAGGACUGCUUCAAUUUGUCUGGUAAGAAAAGUGAUGAAAGCUCUGUUGAUAGCGAUGAUGGCAUUGAACAGGAGAUCAGGAAGUUCCUGGAAUCAAAGGCUCAGAUGCACAAGCAGUACCCUGACACAAAGUAUAAUAACAAAGAGGUAGAUGAGAUCCUGCAAAAUAAGCUUGAACUUUCCCAGAACAAGAAAGUAAAAUCUUCCUUAUCUCGUAAAAGGAAGCGCAAGGAGGAUAGUCUGAAAGCUAGCAAAAACUGGGUUGACUAUAAGGUAAAAGACUCUCUUUUACCUCUCACAAGAUUCUCUUGUGACCAAAUCCGUAGCACCCAAGCAUUAGACAGCUUCACAGAGCCUUGUAUCCCAACUGAUGUGACCACAACCACCAGUAUAGAAAUUGAGCAAAAUAUUCACCAAAAAAGCACUCAUGACAACUAUAAUGAUUUAAAGGUUCCAGGAACUAAUGAAGGAGCCUUGAAUUUAUCCAGAUCUAAAAAUGAAAUAGCAGAAUGUUUAUCAUGGACAGAGAGACAGAGCGGAGAGAAGAGCAGCUCAUUGGACAGUGAUGAAGAUUUGGACCAGGCAAUUAAAGACCUCCUGAAGACCAAGCGAAAAGUGAAGAAGAAGUCAAGAGAGAAGAAACUGAAACCAAGAAAAAGGGCUAACCUGUGGGCAUCAGAAUCAUCCCAUGAGGCUGAAUCUGAGAGAAAGAAAAUUGUCAUUGAUAAUAGCAGUACCAACCCCAAGACAUUUAUAAGUCGCAACUUAAAAAAUUGUAAAGAAUUGCCCAAACAUACUGUAACUGACAAAUGCAAGGUGGGCAAAAACAAUCCAAAGCAGCAAAAUACUGAUAAAACAGCAAAAUUAUUUGGCCACGUGGAGCCAACUUUUGAAGCAGAUGAUCAUAUUGGAGGUAUUACCCAGGCGGAGGAAGACAGCAGCUCUGUAGACAGCGAUGACAGCAUUGAGCAGGAGAUCAGGAAGUUCUUGGCUGAAAAAGCCAAAGAGUCAACAGUGAGGACAAGUACUCCAGAGAUCAGGGACAAUAGUCUCAACAGUACUGAUUUUGCAGUAACAAGGACUGGAGUUGUUGAAGCUCAGCAGGCUGAGGUUUCACCUAAUACACCAGCUCUGUACUCCUGCCUCCCUCAGAGUGAUGGCUCUCUACAGCCAGGUUAUCACAGAGGUGACAGUCUGCCGAGUUCUCCAUCAAACUUCUGUACUACUAAAUCUAAUAAGGAUUAUCAAACAGGUGGGCCAAGGGAGGCUGAUAAAACACUGAUGAACAGUGACGUAAACUCGGUAGAAAUCAACAUUCAGAAUGUUGGGCCAGAUGGAGAAAAGUGCAAAUCGAUUGAGAAUUCUUGUAUUAGCCCAAGUUCUAACACAGACAGUAAACACGUAAACCAGAUAAUUUCCCCAAGGGAGACUGAGGUGUUCCAGUCGCAGUGUGAGAACCCGUUCCACAGCAGCCCGCUCUGCCCUGAGAAAGAAUUGGAAGUCAGCGUGACUGACAAAUCCGAUUUGCACAGAGUAGUGAACAGACACCAAGCUAAAAGUGUUUUGUCCACAGAGGCUGUCUCCCCAACAAUGGUUGACUCUAUUGUGAGCAGGCAAAAAUUAGGAAACCCUUGUGCCCAGAGUCCAGAAAUGGCCUUAACCAUUUUCCCACCAAAUCCCGAGCUCAUUUCUGCCCAAUUGCAAGUCAAACAUUACAAGCACCAGCCAGCAAAAGACAGUUGCCGGGAGCAACCUGCAGCCUCCACCACGUCAGAAAAUGCAGUACACACCAAGAAAGAUUGCAUGUCAUUCAUCGAACCUGCAGCGCACAGGGCUGGUCACAUACAGGUCAAGAAUCUCGGUAGGGGUGAAGAUGGGACAUGUCCCAUGGGAGAAAUGGUAGGCAGGAAGACGGAGAAACGAGCACAGGUGAGGGAAGGAAGGGAAGAAAAGGUAGAUGAGAGAGAUUUUGAAUCGGAGGGAAGAACAAGUGGUAAUCAGUGGUCGGAACAGACGAGUCAGCAUCAUAGAUUAUGAGUAUGGAUCUUGUCUCUUAUUUUGUAAUGCAUCAUUAUUUUAGGUGUUUCUCUCAUGGUCAUUUUUGAAUGCCCUCCUUUAAGAUGUAUGUGUACUUCGGCACUUUCACAGUUAGAUUGCAAGGGAUCUUAAUUUAGAAGUGUAGUACAAUUUUUUUUUCUAUGUUUGUACAUUUCUAGAGCUAUUUAAACACAAAUAACUUUAACAUGGCUGUAAAUAAUCUUUUUUUUUAUUCAUUUGUGUCUUGAUACGUAUAAAGACAUCAAGAGCCAGUAGUUCUUUUCAAUGAGUAGUGCUUGUCAUGCAUUUUUGUUAAUUAUGUAGAAAGACAUUGAUCACUGUCAUACACAAGUCACACUACCACUGCACUUGACCAAUAAUAAUAAUUUUUGCAGAGUGUUUAAAAUAAGAUCUGCAUCACACUUUUAAAAAAAUUCUUGGAGGCCUGUUCCUGUGCUGGUUUGCAUUCCACCUCCACAGUAGCUCAAAUUAUCCUUCCAAUUUUUUCAUACACAUCCUCUUCAAAGAUACAGUAAAAUAUAAUAAUUCUGUUUGGCUGAGUGAAAUAUUGCAGUCCAAAAAAUUAGUCUUAAGAGCCUUCUGGUCUUUGACAUUGGACAUUUACCAAUCUAGAGAUACAUUUUUAUAUAGAAUAAAGAAAUAUGUUUAUCACAAUAACACAAAAUUUUGCAGUAAAAUUCAAAGCAUACAUUGUACAUUUUACCACAGAACAACAGCAUGCAACUUUAGUGCUAAACCAUUCUGAAACAUUUUUUUUUUUUUUCUUUUUCCUUUAUUUUUAUCCUUGUAAAAGGUUCAGGAGUGGGUGCCACUUUUUCUGUAAAGAACUUUUUUUGAUACUGAACUACCAUCUUGCUUUUUGUUCAAAUAUUGUUAUAAUGACUGUCUUUUUUACAUCAUUUUUAUUUUGAUAUAAAACAAUCAUGCCUUUAUUGAAUUGUUUGGGUGUUUGAUUUUGUCUGUAGUAUUCUUGUCUUUACAGAGGUUACAAGUGUACAGUAGCUUGAGCAGCUCAAAAUAGUUUUCGAAGUUUACAGGACCAGUUAGUUUAUCUUUGCUUAUGAUAGAGAUUUUCAGAAUACGUUGUUUAACUGACUGGCAAAUUCAAAUUAAACAUUUCUGAUGAAACACAGAAAAUUCAGUUGCUGUAUAAAUCUCUUGGGUUGGACAUAUUGCAGGUAUCUGAUGUAGAAGAUUGUUUACCCAAACAAAACAAAUCUUAAUUCAUGCAAAUGUUGGGUUCAUCAGCAGAGACAACAGCAUCCAGAUGUUGGCUGCUUAAGAACCAUCCCAUGACUGAUUGACAUAUAUAUAUAUUCCACCAUUGCUGAAUUUCCAUAGUUCUGCAAGGUGGAUAUGUCAGCUGUUUUUUUUUUUUUUUUUUUUUGUGUGUGUGUGUGAAGUUUUUGUUGUGGAGGCUUGCUCAAUGACUUCUGUCUACCAGUGUUGCUCUCUUCGUUUUCAUAUGCAAGUGCAUUGUGGCUCAACAGGUGCCAAACUGCAUUUCGUUAGUGGCCAUUUGACUAUAUCUAAAAAUAAUUUUACUCAAAUUGUGUUUUUGAGAUGUGCAGCUGUUUCAAUUUACAGGGAACUGAAAAUCUUCUAUCAAACAAGAUUGUGUCAGAACAGUUACAGCUUGCAAAAUUUCACUUGCAAAGUAAUUUAGGAGGCAAUUUGUUUUAUUUUGACACAUGCUCCCUUUUCAAAUACAAGUGGAAUACUUUGUGCUGUAACUGCAGUAGUUUUUAAAGAUUUUUUUUUUACAAUGUUAAAAUGAUACUUCAUGGGACAGUUGGUUUUUCCAGCAUGAGUCAUAGUUUUUUUCGGGGGAACCUGUUUGUUUAUACCGAUUUAGCAAACACAAUUAAACAUGUUGAGAUUCCAUACUUGUAACGGAUGGCUAAAGGUAUGGUAAACUCUUGAGUGGAUUUUUUUUUUUUUCUUUGAGUGCCUUUCAUCAGAAUUUUUAAUUUUUUUUAUACCUGCAGCUGAGUAAAAAGACAUUUCACAUUCCCACUAGUACUGCACACAAUUUCUGCACUUUUUACAGAAUGACUAUAUUCUUGGUGGAUACUAAAAAAUAGUAUCAGAAAUAUUUUUUUGAGCAGGUAAAAGUAAUGCCCACUAGCAGAGGUCUGUUUUACAGCUCUUUUUAUGUUUUCCACCAGUUUGUCAGUACUGCCCUGUAUGUUUUGCUUCUUUCCCUCCAAGCAUAAUAGAAAAAGUAAUUUACUUCAAUUUAUUGCCAUUGAAAUUGAUUUAUAAGUAGUAGCUCCUGGUACGUGAGAUAAAUUAAC